AUGAAUUUAACUUUAGAUUAAGAUUUUAAUAAUCAAGACUAAUAUUUAAAAUACGGGGAUGUAAUAGCUUUAAGAAUUAGCGGGAGUUUCUUUUAUCUAGGUUAGAAUGGAAUGAGCAAGGUAGAGUUAGAGCUAAGAAAUUUUUAAAACAUAGGAAAUCAUAAAUCUUCAGAAUGUUUAUUCAAAAUUUAUCCUUAAUUAACCAACUAAGCAAUGCUUGAGUGCUUAAAAUACAAUAAGUACAAAGAUUAAUCCAAGUAGGAUGAGCUAUUAUUAAAUUUAAAUAAAGAAUUAGAGAGCAAUAAAAGAACUAUUGAUAUUUAUAAAGAUAACUACGUUUUAUAUAAUGAUACAUUUAUUUUGCAGCAUGUAGUCUCUAAAAAAUAUUUAUCUAUUAAACAAUCGCCAUUUGAUGUAAAUAUUUUUAAUUUAACAUUAGACGUUUAAAUAGAAGACUAAGUAGGAUUUUAAUUUCAGCAAUUCUACAAAAAUCGAAUAAAGAAAGAGGAUUUAAUAGCGUUUGGAGAUAAAGUAUGUAUUACAAUAAUUAAUUUAAAAGAUUAAUAUUUGCAGAGGCAUUGCUCAAUAAAAAAAUUUUGGAGCGAUAAAGAAAUAUUAUAAAAUACUAUUCCUUAUAUUGAUAUAUAAUUUUCAGAAGAUACAUCUAAAAUAAAUCCUUUUGAGAUAGUAAAAUAUUUUUCUUAGAGCUAGUAAGAAGGUGAAAAGAGUGUUUUAAAAGCUGGUAGCAUAUGCUCUAUUUCACAUAUAGAAACAGCUGGCUAAAUUUAUGAAAAGCAAAUAAUAGAAGAGAUAGAAGAAGAUGAUUAAAGAUUUAAUAAUUAAGUUGAGGAAGAAAGAAACGAAGAAGAAGAACAAGAAGUGCAAGUUACUUAAAGUAAAAGUAAUUUAGAUGAUAAUGUAAACAAUAAAAGAUAAAAAAAAAUCGAACAGAGAGUUAUAUUAUAAUAUUAUUUGACUGAUAAUGCUAAAAAUGAAGAAUCUUCCAAUUUAUGGAUAAUUGAAAAAAUAAAUCCUUUCGAAGGAGGAUGUAUUUUUUUUAAAGAUUUUAUCAGAUUUUAAAAUAUUAGGAGUGGCAAAUAUUUAAAAUUUUAGUCAGAUAAAAAGUAACCUACAUUUGAUUUUUCAAUUUUUAUGGAGCAAACUGUUAAACUUAAUAUGUCUGAAGAUGAUUUUAAUAGUGUUUUUAUACUUAUUGAUGAGAAAGGAAUUGAUAAAACUUAGUCCUGUUAACUCAGUUGCAAUUUUUCUUUUUGUAUUAUACAUGCAUUAACAGGCUAACAAAUAGGAAUGAAAUUUGAUUAAUCAAAUUGCUCUUAUAGAUUAAAUUUAUGUUAAAGCAGCUUAAAUGCUGAGAGUUUUAAAAUAAAUAUUUUAUCUGAGAAUGUAUGCUGGGAUGUAUUAUUUGUGGAAUCUUGCAGAUAAAUGCUUGAAAUGAAUAUUUAAAAGAUUGAAAAGAUUUUAAAUGUAGAUAUCCUACAAUUAAGCUAUUAAAAUCUAGAGUUGCUAAUUGAUACUAUACAUACAAUUGAUAGCUUAAUCAGAUUUGCAAAGUCUAAUGAUAUAUACCUUGAUGAUAUAUUUUUGUUUAAAUCUGAUUAAGAAAAUGAAGCUAGAUUAAAUAUAAUGAUUAUUAAAAAUGUUUAAUCGACUGUUAUCAAAUUAAUAAAAAAUAUUUUAAUCAACUAAAAAAAUUUUACUCGACUAAAAAUUUUUGCUCAAUCUUCAAGAGAUCCUAAUGAAUACCAAUAAGUCUAAUUGAAAAAAUUUGAAGAUAAUCAAUUUACUAAGUAAAAGAUGCAAAGUUAAAGUACAAGUUAAUAAAAUAUAUAAGGUUCGGCUACUAAGAUAGAGCAAAAGGAUAUUCUGACUUCAAACUAAAAUUUAUUUAUAAGCCUUAUGAUUAUAAUAAAUAAUUCAUAUGAGUUACUUGGUUUGCUUAUAAAAUCAGAUAGUUUUCCCUAGGAGAUAAUUAAAAAAACAAUUCUCGAAAUUAUUUUCAUGAUUGGAGUUGGAAAUUGUUGGAAAUGUUUGUCUUAUCUUAUAAGAAAAUACAAUUAUCUUGAUCACUUAAUUUAAGUCAAUGAUCUGACUCUUGAUCAAUUCAAAAAUAGAGAAAUUUUUAUUAAUUCAAACAUUCUAUAGAUCAUUACGAUGCAGUAUUUGAAAAAUUAUGAUGGAGAAGAGAAGUAUUGCUUUGACUUUAUAGAGUUUUUAAUUAGUAUUUGUAGAGAUAUGGAUGAAAAAAUCAAAAUCAAAAAUUAAAUUUUGAUCGGGAAACUUAUGUUUGAAGAGUUGUCUGAGAAGUAAUUUGAGUAGCUAUUUAUAUUGUUUAAAAUUAUGAGAAGAGAUUAUACAGUAGAAAAAUAAAUUUAAAUUUAAAUUGGAAUUUACAAAUGGGACUUCUUAAGAUUUAUAAGGUUAACUAACAAUUCAUCUAGAGGUAGAGAAAUGAAUCUCUUUCUUCAUACUGUAAAGCUACUCUCCCUGAUUACAGAAGACAGAAAUUAUUUUAAUAUUUAUAAAGUAAGAUAAUAUUUUCCUUACUACUUUCUCCUUUCAAUCAUUCGCAAUGAUGAUAUCAAUUUCUUGAUUAGAGGAUUCUUUUUAGAACUUUACUCCAAUCUUUACAUUAAUGUGGAUCCUUUUUAUAAGCUUUAAAAUCCUAAAACACUUGUUUUUUCAAAAGAGUUUUUAAAGAAUUAAUAAAAAGAAUUAAAAAAAAUGAUUUCAACAAAUAAAAUUGAAGAGAAAUAGAAAUAUGGAUUUUUUUAAAAAGCUAAGCUUAAGCAGGGCGAUUCUAUAAGCAUGUAAAAUAGAAAAAAUGAAGAAGAUAAUUAGAGUUAAUUUUCUAGACUUUCAAGUAUCUCUGUAAAAUCGUAGAGAUCUAAUAAUUUAAGCAAAACUAACAACAAAUAAUAAAAUAAAUAGAGCUAAUUUAAACCUCAAUCACCAAUAAAUACGGUUAAAAAUUAACCUGUUUAAGAAAAUUAAAAACAAAGAACACCUUAAAAAAUAACAAGAGUUUUAGAAACUAACCCAGAUGAGGUUUAAGAUAACGCUUAAUUAAUUAAUAAAAAAACACUUCCUAAUUAAGAAACACAAGUAUAAUUUGUAAAAAUUAAUUUAGACAAUCAAAAUCUAAAUUAGGAAAAUCAAGAAUAAAUUUUAUAAAGAAGUGGAGAGAUAGAACUAAUAGAUGAGGAAGAAAUUCAACAUGAAGAAAAUAUUCCAAAUUCAUAAAAAAUGUAAUAAGAGUCUUUUAUCAGAAGAAAAACAGAAAAUCCAAAGCAAUAUGAAAACUAAAAAACUCUUAAUGAACAUAGUUCAUCGAAAAAAAAUCGUUCUAAAACUUAACUCAGCAAAACUUAACUGAACAUAAUUGAAAAUAAUAUGAUUUUUGAAAAGAAAUUGGAGUAACACUAUUAAGAUUACUAUUACCCUGAGGAAGAAGAGCAAAAUGAAUAAGACUAAGUAAAUGCAGAUAGAUAAAAUAUAGCUUCAAGAAUGUUCAUUUAAAACUAGGAUUAUAACUAGAAUUAGAUAGAUUAAAAUCAAUUAACUUUAACUUCUUUUGAAGAAAAUAAGGUAAACAUAAAAUUUAUAGUAUCUAAAAAAUCUAUAAGGUUUAAUCAGGAAAAUUCAACUCAAAUUAAGACUUCUUAAAAUUAUGAAACUAAAAGAACUUAAAAGUUUUCUAGCUUGAAUAAAGCUCAAAGCGCAUUCACAUAAUAAAGUGAUAACUUUUAAAAAGAGUAAUAGCCUUCAAAAAAGAUUUAAAAGCUUGAGUAAAAAUAUCUAGAAAACGAAAGUGUAGAAUUAGAGAGCAGCAAAUCUUCUUAAAAUUAAACUGACGAUAUGAAAGAUCCUAAAUAAAAGAAUAAAAGAGUGAACAAUUUAUUUUUAAAAUAGCAAGUCUACGCAUAAGAAGUAAAUGAGGAAGAAGGAGAAGAGUAAGAAUCUUAUGAAUAUGAAGAAGAAGAAGGUGAAGAUGAAUAAGAAGAAGAGGAAGAAUAAAUAGACUAAUCAGAGUAGUUGGAUUUUGUUUAAUUUGAACUUGCAGGAUAAAAUGAAAGUAAAAAAGGUGAAGAUGCAGAACUAUGUGAAGAAUUGGAAUAUAGAAUCGAUGAUUGGAUUUAACAAAUUUAGUCUUAUCUUUUAGAGUUUUUAGAAGAGGUAGCAAUUCAAAAAGGAUAAGAAAACAUUAAUGAAAAAGUUAAAAAAACUGAAAAGCAAAAGAAGAAAGAAAUAUUUAAAGAACUAGACAGAAAUACGUUAUCAAAUAAAAUAAAAUCAGAAAUUAUAGACAUUUAUAUAAUUGUAGCUCAAAGGAAAUAAAAGUAAUCGUUUGAUUUUCUUAUAGCUUAGCUAAGUAAUAAAAUAGAAGAUAUGGUAAAAUUAGAUGAAAAUAUUAACUUUAUUUAUGGAAAGUAAAAAUUACUUAUGGAAGAUUUCCCAGAAUAUGAAAAUUUAAAUUUAGAAAUUGAUGAAGAUUAAAAUGAUUAAAAUGAAGAUGAGUUAAAAUAAAAUUUAGAAAAUAAGCAGAAAAAUUCAGAUUUAAAGAGAAGAGUUAGUUUGCACACUGAAUUAUCUACGAAUUAGCAAAACAAGGAUGGUCUUAAUAGAAAUAAAAAUGUCAGUUAAAAUUAAAAAGAAGAGGAGAAAUCUGAUAAAAUAUUUUAGCUCUAAAAGAAAAAGGGAGAUAUUGAGAAAAAUAAAUAAGUAAAUAUUCAAGUGAUAAAAAAAUUUGAUAAAAGUAUUUUAAAAUACUACAAUUUCAUGAAUGAUUAUGUUAACAAAGAGCUGAUAAAAUUUAUGGCUGAAUAGUAUAAUGUCAUUUAAAAAGAUUUAGGAGGUAAAUUUGAAAUAUAUAGUACUACAUUUAUCUCAAACAUUUUGGAGAUUAUGAAGUAUAACAAAGAAUAAAAUUUAAAUGAACGAUUGAUAUAUUUGAUAUUCGUAAUCACAAAUUAAAGAUAAGAGUUUUUAAAGAUGAUGUGUUAAGCUCAAAUAAUUUUUAGAAAUGAGGAGAUAGCUAAAUUUGAAGUAUUACAAGCACUUACUAAUGUUAUGAAGACAUUCUAAGAAAGAAGAUUUAUUUUUUAAAUUAGCGCAGAUGUUGCUGAAAUGUAAAAAUUACUUUAGCUGAUACAAGCAACUUUGCAAAAAGGUAUUGCACAGCUAAAAGAAGCUCACAAAAAAAUAGAAAUAACUUAAAAGGAAGAGGACUAUUUCUAUAAAAUCCAAAAAAUGCUAUUUUCACUUGAUUACCACGUGUUUGUGCUUGAGUUUUUGGAAGAUGCAUAUUUAUUUUUCUAUUAAAAAAUAUAAAUUGAUAGCAUAUAACCUAUAAUAUAGCAGGCUUUUGAGUUUUUAACAUUUUUUUGCCUUGAUAAUUUAGAGAAUAUUCAAGCAAUUAAAUAGUACUAUCCAAUAAUUUAAAUUUACCUUUCAUGUACAGAAGUAGGUUAGACUUAGUUUUUUGCAGAAAUCUUUCUGGAUGCUACUUACAAAAAAGAAAAUAUAGAAAAGGGUAUGCUAUAAGAUUAUUUAAACAGCUUGAGGGAAAAGAGUGAUUCGAUAUGCUAAAUAGAUCCAAGCAACUUAAUAAUUUUUAACAAUCUCUUCUUGAAAAAAGGAAUUUAUAGAGAAAAUAUUGCCAAUUAAAUUUUUAAGGAGAUAUUCUAAACUGAAAAUAUUUAUAAAUUUUUUGGAAUGAAGAAUUUUAUUUUGAGAGAUGAAGACGAUUAAGAAAUAAAUGAAGAUGAAGAACAAAAAUUGGAUCAAAAUUAAAUGAAAAUUCUAAAUUCUAUCAAACUAAAUAUUCAAUAAAUACAAAAAGAAAAUAGUAAAAAACUUAGCUUUGAAAUGGAUUGGAUACAGAAAGAUAGACUCCCUUACUUAUAUCAAGCUUAUGCUCUUAGAACGGCCAGAAUUAUCUAUUCAAAUGUUAGGACAAAGGACAAAUUUAAUGAUUAGAUGAAAUUGAUUUUUUCAACACAAUACCUGUUUAGCAUUCUUAGUUCAGAAGAUUUUUACAAUUAAUAAAAUGAAGAAAAUUUUUUGAAGUUAAUAUUAAAAAUAGAACUAAUGUAGACUAUUGAUAGUUUAUGGUUGAAGACAUAAAACUAUCCUUCAGACAUUAUCAGAAACUAGGCAAUUAUAAAAUUUUUAAGAGAAUAAAUUAAAUUUUUGGAAAAUUACAAAGAUGAAAAGAAUUCUGAAGUAGAAAAUUUUAUAUAGUAAGUAAGAAAUUCUUAGACUCUUUCAAAUUUACACUAAUGCUAUCUCCAGACCUACACAUUAAACUAUCUUAAGAAUAUUAUGCCAUUAAAUAAAAAGAGUAUUCUAGAAGAGCCUUAUGGAGUUCUGAGCUAUAUCUUUAAAUAUCUGGUACCAUUUAUGACAGAUCUUAACAUAGUCUUCUCAAAUCUAGCUUAAAGUUCAUGGUAUCCUGAACUUAACUAAAUGCAAUAAUUACUUAUUAAGGAAAACUUCAAAGAAGAAAUUACUGAAUUUUAAAAAAUAUUUGAAGUUGGAAGCUUUUUUACAGAGAAAGAAGCUUUUUUACAAAAUUUAGAUAAACAGGUACAGAAAGAUAAAGAUAAUGCUAUCAGUAUUAAAAAUGUAAGUUUGAUUAAAAAUAAAAGUAUUAUUGGAUAGAAUGUAAUUAAGAAUAACCCCUCUUCGCUUUAUUCUCAUAAUUUGAUAAAAACAGAGCAAUCUUUUUCCAAAAAUGAAUUAGUUGAUGUAAAAUCUAAUAUAAUUAACACCAGUUUCCUUAAAAACGCUGAGGAAAUUUAGAAUACUAGUGAACUAAAAAGUAUAAAUUAAAAUACUGAAAAAUAACAAACAUAAAAUAAUAAUGCUAUGGAGUCAAGGCUACAAAGUCUUGAGCAAGAAUCUAAAGCAAUAAAUGUUUAACUUUAAUAAAAUGGGUAACCAAUUUCUAUAAUAAGCCUAUUCAACUAAAAGAAAGAGAAUUAGCUAUCAAAUUUAAAUUCUUAAAAUGUGAGCUAAUAUAAUAAAAUUGGUGAUUAAAUUAAAUAAAUGUAUCUCCUAUCAAAUUACAUUUAUAAAUAAGAUAAAUAACAAAACUGGAAUGAAAGUAAAUAUCUUUCUGAUGAAGCAGAUUUCUGCACUUUAUCUAAGCAAUUCUACAAAACUGGAAGUUAAAAAUUAAUUGGAAAAAACAAUAUAUUGAUUGAAAUGGAGUUUAAUUCUUUAGAAAUUGGUAAAAAUUUACCCUACUUAAGAAAUUUAUUGUCUUUAAGAAGAAAAGAACAGAGCUCUUAAGCAUACAGAAAACUUUUUUAAAGCAUAUUAUUUAAUGAAAAUGUAAGAUAAAAUAUUGUUUUAAAUUAAAACGAUUAUCUCAUCAAAAUGAUACUCUUUGAGGUUAAUCAAAAAAAUAAGAAUCAAGUCAAUAUUGGAUAUUUUGAAAAACCUAUAGAUUUAUAAGUUUUUUAUGAGAGAAUAUUUGCUUAUUUAGAUCAUACACUUCUCUACCUUGACUUAAAUAAUUAGCAAUUGUAAACAUAUACUAUUCAAAAUAUAAUCAAUUUAGUCAUUGAGAUUAUUGAUAAACAACCUGAUGAAUCAAAAAGAGAAAUGCAAAACUUCAUUUAUUUCAAGUGUUUUUAAAAGAUUUUGAAAAAUUCUUUAACAAAAUAAACAACUCUUAGAAACUAAGAAAUAAUAUAAUCUCUAAUUAGGUUAAUCUGUAAAUUAUUAGAGGACAAAAAUAAAGAAGUAAGAAAUGACAUUUAUGAAAUUUUAAGCUCUAUUUCAGAAAUUGAAAAUUUCAUUAAUUUUAUCUAUUAAGUUGUUUAUUAGUAAAUGGUAGCUACAAAGUGCAUGCUUAACAAAAAGAAAAUGAUUUUUCAUCUGGUUAAUAACUACUCAAAUUAUUCAUUUAGAAUAGAUUAAACUUCUCUUUUUGAACAUAUUUGCAAACUUAUUUAACUUUUGAAUAUUGACUAAUUUUCUCCUUUCUAAAUUUUUUGGAGAAAGUAAAUGAAUUCCAAUAACAGCUAGGAUCUGAUGGUUUUGUAUAUUAAGCUAUUAGACCAAUUAAUUAAGUCAACAAUCCUUAACACUUCGACUUCAAAGCAAAUUAGCUACUCUAAAUACUUUAAUGACUAAAUAAUAUUGUCAAUUAAAGUUCUUUAAUCGAUGAUUUAAGGUAGAUUAGUUGAAAACAAGGACUAACUUAUGCAAUCUUCAUUUUUAGAAAAUAUGGCUUAGCUUUGGGAUUCUGAGAAAAAUCUUACAUAGGAAUAAAUUAUAGGUAAAAGGAAAUAAGAUAAAUAUUUAGAGUAUUUUUUGGGAUUUAUUGGUUUUGAUAAAAGGAAUGAACUAACAUAAAAUGCAUUCACAGAAUAAAAUUUAAAUUUGAUUAAAAAUUACAUGUUACAGAUGUUUGAACACUUAGUAGAAAGUGAUAUGAAUUAAUAGAGAAAGAAAUAGAUUGUGAGAAGAUUAACUUAUAAAAAUCUUUUUCAGUGCUUCAUAGAUUAAUUCUAGUAAUUUAAAACUUUGUAUUAAGGUGUUUAUUCUACUCAUUCUCAUUAAUUCCUAAAAUAUGGAUUCAAAAUAUUUUCUCUUCUACAAAAUCAUGAAGAAUCCAUUAGGAACUUGCAAUAAGCAUUGAUCAAUUAAGCCAAUUAGUUAAUAGGUGAUUAGAGUAUCAAAACACUAAUGAAAACAGAAAAAGAACUUUAACACGAAAAAGAAAUAUCAAUUUUUGCCGAAGCUUAUUCAUUUUUUGAAAAAAACACUGGUAAAAUUAUAAUAUUCAAUGAAGAAAUAAAUGAGCUUUAAGUCAUAUAUUAUCCUUAUACUCCUCACUGUAAUUCUAGUAACUCAAUCAUUGAGUCAGAAGUAAACUAGAAAAUUGACAGAUUUUCAUAUGAAACAAAAAUUAAAUCAUUCCUUGACUAAGCUGAAGAAUACAAUCAGAGAUUAAAUGUGCUUUAAUCACUCAAAGAUAAGGCUCUUAAAAGCAAAAUCUUCAAACUUCUUACUUUUAUUUUCAAUUAUUUUGAAAUAUUUAGAUCAAUUAAUUUCUUGCUAGGCAUUUCAAUAAAUAUCUAUCUCCUUCUUAAAUACUAAGAUGUUGAAGGGUCUGCUUUUUUCAGCAAAAUAAGAUAAGGAAGCAUAGACAAUUUCAUGAAAAUAACCAUCUUGAUUCUUUUUGGAUUCGAUUUAUUUAUGCUAAUUUUUCAAAUUCUUUAAAUACAUAGUUUCUAUUCAUGGAAAGUUAAUAACGAUAUUAAAAAUAAAAUAAUUUAAAAGAAAUAGUAGCAUAGCUUACAUUUCUAAUCAUCUAAAGGAUAGAAUUUAAAAUAAAUUAUAUAGCAGUAGCUUUAAUCAAAAACUUCAAACUCAAAUCAGAACAUAAAUUUAAAGUUGUCUAAAUCAGAAAUAAUUUUGAUUUACAUACAAAACUGGUUCUCGAGUAACACUAUCACUUAUGUAGUGCUUUAUACUCCAGUUUUGUUUUUAACUUUGUUUUUUAACGAUUUCUUUGCCUGCAUCCUUCUGCUAGAUAUCUUUUUCUAAUUUCCAGAUGCAUUAAAUAUUUUCAAGGUUGUUUGGAAUAUGAAAGUCAAAAUUAUUUCAACACUUAUUCUCUAUUUUAUUUUGAUAUAUACUUUUUCUCUGAUCUCCUUUUUAGUUACUCCACUAAAUGAUGCAUACAAUAAUAUGUGUGAAAAUUUUUUAUCAUGUUUUUCCAUAUUUUUAGACUCUACCCUUAGAAGCCUGGUAUCUUCUUCCCCUAUUUAUGAGCCAAUCUAUGAAAAGUAUAAUAAUAAUUAUGUUUUAACAUACGAAGAUAUUUACCUCUUUUUCUAUAUUUUUUGUGUUGUUUCGCUCAUAUGGACUUGGACAUUUACAGCUUACUUUAUUGAUGCAUUUACCUAACUAAGAAUAUAAAAUGAAAAUUUCACGAAUGAUACUUAAAAUAUAUGCUUAAUUUGCACAUUAGACAGAAAACAAAUUACACAAAUAUGCCCUAAGGGUUUUGAUUAUCAUAUAAAUAAUGUUCAUAAUUAAUGGGAUUACCUAAAGUAUAUAUCUAUACUACUUACAAAAAAUAAAGAAGAAUAUACAAGCACUGAAGCAUACAUUUUUGAAAAGUGGUAAAAGCGAAACACAAAUUGGAUUCCUAAUGGAUAACAAACAAUAGACUUUAUAUAGUAAUAAAAUAAAAUUAGUGAAUGA